AACGCUAACCCAUUCCCUCAUCACACGCCGAUUUUCUCCUUGCUCUUCACUGUUCUCGCUCGCCGCUCCCCCACCCUAAGCGCCGCUCCCCCACCCCGCUCCGAUCCUCUCCCUUUCUCUUCCCUUAGCUUCUCUCGUCAUCGCCGCUUUUCUCCUUGCUCCUCCCUAAUCUGCUCUCAUCGGCGCUCCUCUCCCUUUCUCCUCCCUCUGCUCUCGUUCGUUGCCGCUCCUCUCCCUAAUCUGCUCUCACUGUCGCUGGGAUCUUCACCCACGCUCACGCAUACCUGUGCCGCCGCCGGCCUCCACCACGAUUCCUCCACAGCACUGCCUACACGCUGUGAUUCUGCCUUUCUCCUCCCAAACUCAUUCUUGUCGUCGCUGCUCCCUAAUCUGCGGAUCUCACCGUGAUUUGUUGUAGAUUGGAAGAAUUUAAUAGUCACCUUGCUCCUUUCUACAUAAUCGAAUCAAACAGAGAGGAUAAUGGUAGGCCUUUCUCUAGGAGAGAAACAAUUCAUACAUGGUGGGAUUGCUCAGGACCUCCGCACGGACGGUCGAAAAAGACUCCAUUACCGACCCAUCUCAAUCGAGACAGGAGUCAUUCCUCAGGCGAAUGGGUCUGCACGAGUUAGAUUGGGAGCAACAGAUGUUAUUGUUAGCAUUAAGGCAGAAUUGGGGAAGCCAAGCUCUCUACAACCGGAUAAAGGAAAAGUUUCUAUUUUUGUUGACUGCAGUCCGACAGCAGCACCAAUGUUUGAGGGAAGGGGAGGUGAAGAACUGUCUUCAGAACUCUCAGUUGCUCUUCAGAGAUGUUUACUAGGUGGUAAGAGCGGAGCAGGGGCUGGAAUCGAUCCCUCGUCCCUUGUCAUUGUCGAGGGUAAGGUGUGCUGGGAUUUGUACAUUGAUGGCCUAGUUGUCAGUUCAGAUGGAAAUCUACUUGAUGCAUUAGGCGCUGCAAUCAAGGUAGCUUUAAGUAAUACAGGCAUCCCAAAGGUCACUGUUAUUCUUGGACCUUCACCAAAUGACCAACCAGAUGUUGAUCUCAGCGAUGAAGAGUUCUUGCAGUUUGACACUACUGGAGUCCCUGUUAUAGUUACCCUGACUAAGGUCGGUCGCCACUACAUUGCUGAUGCGACUUUGGAAGAGGAGUCUCAAAUGAGCUCCGCUAUGUCUGUCUCCUUGAAUAGGCAUGGACAUAUAUGUGGACUGACGAAGCGAGGCGCUGCUGGCUUGGACCCAAGUGUUGUUCUUGACAUGAUUUCAGUAGCACAGCAUGUAGGCGAGCAACUGAUGUCUAUGCUCGAUUCAGAGAUCGCCGCUGCAGAGGCAGCAGCAACCCAGGAACAAUGAUCUGUCUGCAUCCUCCAAAGUUUCCUCCCAAUCUGCAGGAGAUCGAAUGUUCGACUCAUUUCUUUUAGUAAUUGCUGUCAGCUUUACGUUUGAAUGUUGUGGAGCAAUUUUUAUCAUCUAAACAGAACUUUAGUAAUGUAGUGCUUAGAUUAAAGUAGAAAUCUUAUUAAUGAGAUAUAAUGACAGGAGGAUCAAAGUCAAA